AUGUCAGCAGAUCAGAAUCAGCUUAUCUGUGAAUGUAAAUUAAUUGAAUGGUAUAACCAGCUGUGGAGAAUCAAAGCUGUUAUGCCUUGUCCAUCCUAUUUUCUCCCUCAAGAUCCCUAUGAACAAGAAAGUGUUAAACGAAUUACCAACUUGAAUUCAUUAUCAUCAAAUGACAACACCACUGCUUUCUAUGGAUUCAGUCAAUUUUCUCAUUUGUUCCCUGAAGAGUUUAAAGCUAUUUACUUAAGAAGCAGACCAGACAAACUUCGCAAAUAUGCAGAAGUGCCAAAGAGAAAGGAGACACCUUUACCGAAAAAGUUUGACUGGAGGGACAAGAAUGUUGUCACAGAAGUGAAAAAUCAAAACACGUGUGGAGGUUGCUGGGCUUUCAGUGUCGUGGGUGGAAUAGAGUCUGCCUAUGCAAUCAAGAGGAAUAAUCUGGAAGAACUUAGUGUACAACAGGUCAUUGACUGUUCCUACAAUAAUUAUGGCUGCAGCGGUGGGUCCACAGUUAGUGCUCUGAACUGGCUGAACCAGACGCAAGUAAAACUGGUGAAAAGUUCUGAAUAUAGUUUUAAAGGUCAAACAGGAUUGUGCCAUUAUUUCUGUCUCUCAGAUUUUGGAGUUUCAAUAACGGGAUAUGCUGCAUAUGACUUCAGUGGCCAGGAAGACGAAAUGAUGAGGAAGCUGGUUCACUGGGGUCCUUUGGCAGUGACUGUAGAUGCAAUUAGCUGGCAGGAUUAUCUGGGUGGGAUCAUACAGUAUCACUGUUCCAGUGGAAAAGCAAAUCAUGCUGUUCUUGUCACUGGUUUUGAUAGAACAGGUAUCAUUCCUUACUGGAUUGUACGGAACUCCUGGGGACGUACAUGGGGAAUAGACGGUUAUGCCCGUAUUAAAAUCGGUGGUAACAUCUGUGGUAUUGCAGAUACAGUCGCAUCUGUAUUUGUUUGACGCGCACUAACCAGAAUAAAAUGGUACGACGGCAGUUCCUUGGAUUAUCGCUUUCCAGCUGUUCAGUGUGAAGAUUUUUUUAACUUCAAAAAAAUUGCAAACUAUUUUAUAGUUAAUGGUCUGGGCAUUAUAAAUAUGGCACAGCCAGGUUUGGGGACAAUAUUACAUUAUCCAGGCUCUAUGCUACUAAAAUCUAGGGAAGACUGAAGUUGGGAGAUAAGGAUGCCAUAUAGCACACCUUUUGUUCCGAAGAAGAAAGGUGAAACAACAGACAUACAUGAUGGCCAUUUUGGACAUUUGAGUUUUACGCAAAUCUUCUUAAGUAUUUUCAAAUGGUAACCCAUGAUGGAAGGACAUUGGGACAUUGUAAAUCUCAGUCCCAGAUCAGGAACAGCAAUAAAUUCUUUGCAACAAGUAAUAGAAAGGUUGACAUCACAGCUGAUUCAGAAUGAAGUUAAGGAUGAAGAGAGAAAAUUACAGGAUAUAAUGUAGAAUCUACUGAAUAUUCUGAAUCCAGAAAUCUGGCAGUAUGGUAGGAUACAUCUGGAAAUGCUUUAAUGUCGGGGAGAACAUGACAUACCUCUUUCCUUAUCCCCUUUCCUUUUAUUUUUAGGUGCUGUCAGGGAAAAAUUGUCAUGCUUUUAGUUUUUAAAAAAAAAGAAACAACUAUUGUUCCGAUACAUUCUGAUGCUUGUAUUGGUUUUUCUUGCAACUUUGACAACAGAUGAUGCGUGCACUGAUGUGAGCUAGCCCAAUUUCUCUUACUACUUUCUGUAACAUUCCUAAUUCAAUUUAAUUAUGGUCUGGUCCUUCAGCAUGUAUGGUCCUUCCUUAGGGCCUUCUAUAGUCCUUGUAUGUAAGCAAGUGAGUUGAAGCCACAUACUCAUUUCUACCGCAACACCCAGAAAAAGUGAGCAGGAGGGUAGACAACAAGCCCAAUACUAAUAAAACCUUCUAAAUGCCAUUUUCUUCUCUCUAACCUUUCCAAUCUGCUUGAUCCUCAUGUCAUGUCUUGUUAAAUGUAGUAUGUAUCCUCAUCAGGGCAGAGAAUAUUAUUUAGGAGGAUCCUACAAUACCUUUGAGCAUUCAAAAUUAAUCCCUAAUAGGUAAUCUCAUAGAUUGAAAGGCAAGAACUAAUAACCAAUUAACAGCAUUAUAGGAAUCUCGGAUAUUAAAGCACAUGCUGUACCCUCAUUUUGUACAUCAGUUUGCAAAUAGGCUACUCCACUUGGAAGAAGUGUGGCAGAGCAGCCUUGGUUCAGCCUUCUUUUUCUAUGUCCCUGACAUUUCUGCCAAGUGCAAAAGGGAAAUUUACAGCAUGUAACCAUCGUUUUAAAAUAGGUGCCCAGUUCUGCAUUCCAUCCUUUUUAAGGGUUAAUCAUCAAUUAGUUAUUAGCAGGACAGUGCAGAAGGCGCUCAUUUUCUCAUGUCAGUUCUCCAGCAUCACUACACUUUCAUUAAAAUGUUCCAAGCAGCCACAGAUAGCUGGAUAAGUUUCCUGUAGAAGAAUCACUUAAAUCUGCUCUUCUCCGUAUGUUGGUCAGAGAGAACCACUGGACAGUUUCUAGCCCUUGCUGAUCUGAGGUGUAUAGAAGAGACAGCAAUGCCAUUUGUGAUUUUUAAAGCAUUUUAGUACCACUUUGUAGCUUUUCAUAAAUUUCUGUUAUUUAAAAAUAAUUUAAAAUGACUAUAUAUGCUCCUUUUUUAAAACAUAUACAUCUUUUAGAUGAACUGUGAAGAGGUUUUACAAACUCCAAUACUUUGUACUUUAUCAUUUUUACAUAUUUUCUAGUAAAGAUGCUGGGUGUUAAAAAUCUUUGUUUGUUUUAAUGA